AUGGGGCAGGAGCUUUAUCAGUCUUCUCCUGCGGCCAGGGAAGUUUUUGAAGAAGCUGAUGACAGCUUGGGCUUUUCACUGUCCAAGCUUAUUUUUGAGGGACCUUCCCGGGAACUCCAGGAUACAAUGAACUCCCAACCGGCAAUAAUGAUUGUCAGCAUUGCCUGUUGGAAGGCUUGGGAAGAAUUUUUGGGGUCCCAAUCUCCAACACCGGUGUCCUUGGCCGGCCACAGCUUGGGCGAAUACAGUUCCCUGGUAGUCGCCGGUGCGAUCGAUUUCGGUGACUGUGUAAGGCUCGUAAGGGAGCGCGGCAGGCUGAUGCACGAGGCAUCGGAAGUCCGGCCAGGUGGCAUGGCCGCCAUAAUAGGCUUGGACGAAUUGGCUUUUGAGCACAUCUGUGCAGAGACUGGCGUAGAGUUGGCCAAUGUCAAUAGCGACGACCAGGUGGUCAUCAGUGGCGACAAGAUUGCCGUGGCAAGGGCCAUGGACCUGGCAACAGCCCGGGGAGCCAAGAAAACCGUACCGUUGAAGGUAAGCGGCGCUUUCCAUUCUUCGCUGAUGGGCUAUGCCCAGGAAGGAUUGAUUGAAGCUAUUGCCGACUUGGAAGUGCGGGACCCGCAGGUGCCCGUCGUAGCAAAUUCGGUGGCUGUCUCGGUAACGACGGCGGAGGAAGUUCGAACCGAAUUGGUUGAGGGCUUGUGCCACUGUGUGAAAUGGAAGCAGUCGGUGCGUUACAUGGUGGAUUCCGGCGCCUCACACUUUGUGGAAUUUGGUCCGACCCGCGUCCUUUCCAGCUUGAUUAAGAGAAUCGACAAGGAUGUCGACGCCUUUACCUUAUCGGAUCCUGCUUCUAUCGAGAAGGCAACUCAGGAAAUUUAG